AUGCUCCGCGCGGCGCUCUUCCGCUCAGCCCCCGGGCUCCGCCGGUCGCCGGCGAUGGCCGCCGGCGCGGCCCCCUUCUCCACCGCCGCCUCCGCCUCCGCCUCCGCCGCAGCGUGGCUCUCCAACGGCCCCGCCUCCACCCCGCCUAGGGUGCGCCUCCUCAUCGGCGGGGAGUUCGUCGAGUCGCGCGCCGACGAGCACGUCGACGUCACCAACCCCGCCACGCAGGAGGUGGUGUCGCGGAUCCCGCUUACUACGGCCGAUGAGUUCAGGGCUGCUGUCGAUGCCGCCAGGACCGCCUUCGCAGGGUGGCAGAACACGCCCGUCACAACGCGGCAGCGCGUCAUGUUCAAGUUCCAGGAGCUCAUCCGGGCUAACAUGGACAAGCUUGCAGAGAACAUCACUACGGAGCAGGGGAAGACGCUGAAAGAUGCUUGGGGUGACGUGUUCCGCGGUCUAGAGGUGGUGGAGCAUGCUUGUGGAAUGGGAACAUUGCAAAUGGGCGAAUAUGUAUCAAAUGUUUCUAAUGGGAUUGACACCUUCAGCAUUCGGGAGCCACUUGGUGUUUGCGCUGGGAUAUGCCCAUUUAACUUUCCUGCUAUGAUUCCCCUAUGGAUGUUUCCCAUAGCGGUGACAUGUGGCAAUACUUUUGUCCUUAAACCAUCGGAAAAGGACCCAGGGGCUGCUAUGAUGCUUGCGGAGCUAGCAAUGGAAGCUGGUUUGCCAAGGGGUGUUUUGAACAUUGUUCAUGGUACUAAUGAUGUUGUCAACAAUAUUUGUGACGAUGAGGAUAUUAAGGCUGUAUCUUUUGUUGGUUCCAAUACAGCUGGUAUGCAUAUAUAUUCUAGGGCGUCUGCAGCUGGAAAGCGUGUUCAGUGCAAUAUGGGAGCAAAGAAUCAUGCAAUUAUCCUUCCUGAUGCUGAUAGAGAUGCUACAUUGAAUGCCCUUAUUGCUGCUGGGUUUGGUGCAGCAGGGCAAAGGUGCAUGGCAUUGAGCACUGCUGUUUUUGUUGGUGGUUCAGAAUCAUGGGAGGAUGAAUUAAUCAAACGUGCAAGUGGCCUUGUUGUUAAUUCAGGAAUGGUUAAUGAUGCAGACCUUGGUCCAGUGAUCAGCAGACAGGCUAAGGAUCGUAUCUGUAAGUUAGUCCAAAGUGGUGUUGACAGCGGUGCUCGUAUAUUGCUUGAUGGAAGAAAGAUUGUGGUUCCUCACUAUGAAGAUGGAAAUUUUGUUGGUCCAACCAUUCUGGCUGAUGUUAAAAGUGACAUGAAUUGUUACAAGGAGGAAAUAUUUGGUCCAGUGCUUCUCUUAAUGAAGGCAGACAGCCUAGAUGAUGCCAUCCAAAUUAUAAACAGAAACAAGUAUGGCAAUGGGGCUUCCAUAUUUACAACAUCUGGUGUCUCUGCCAGGAAAUUUCAAACAGACAUUGAAGCUGGCCAGGUGGGCAUCAACGUGCCGAUUCCAGUUCCCCUGCCAUUCUUCUCCUUCACGGGCAGCAAAGCUUCAUUUGCAGGAGAUUUGAAUUUCUACGGCAAGGCUGGCGUGCAGUUCUUCACCCAGAUCAAGACGAUCACGCAGCAGUGGAAGGAGUCACCAGCGCAGCGGGUCUCCCUCUCCAUGCCCACCUCGCAGAAGUGA